AUGGGUGCGACUGGCGGUUACGGUGCGGGGCAGGAGAGCCCCAGGGCCGGGCCGUGGGCGGCGGCCGCCGUGGAGAAACACAGCUACGAGUACGAGUACGGCUCCAAGAAGUACCUGCUGCUGUGCGGGCUGGGCGGGAUGGUGAGCUGCGGGCUGACGCACACCUUCAUCGUGCCGCUGGACCUGGUCAAGUGCCGCAUGCAGGUGGACCCCGCCAGGUACAAGAGCAUCGUGGGCGGCUUCCGCGUGGCGCUGCAGGACGACGGGCUGCGCGGCCUGGCCCGCGGCUGGGCGCCCACCUUCCUGGGCUACUCCUUGCAGGGCUUCUUCAAGUUCGGCCUCUACGAGGUCUUCAAGAUCCGCUACGCCGAGCUGCUGAGCCCGGAGGCGGCGUACACCUGGCGGACCGGCCUGUACCUGGCCGCGUCGGCCAGCGCCGAGCUCUUCGCCGACGUGGCGCUGGCGCCCAUGGAGGCCGUGAAGGUGCGCAUCCAGACGCAGCCCGGCUACGCCAGCACCCUGCGGGCCGCGGCACCCAAGAUGCUGGGCGAGGAGGGCCUGUGGGCCUUCUACAAGGGCGUGUCGCCGCUGUGGAUGAGGCAGGUGCCCUACACCAUGAUGAAGUUCGCCUGCUUCGAGCGCACGGUGGAAGCCCUGUACAAGUACGUGGUGCCCAAGCCCCAGAGCCAGUGCACCAAGGCCGAGCAGCUGGCCGUGACCUUCGUGGCCGGCUACAUCGCGGGCGUCUUCUGCGCCAUCGUGUCCCAUCCCGCCGACUCGGUCGUGUCGGUGUUGAACAAGGAGAAAGGCAGCACGGCGCUGGGCAUCCUCCGCAGGCUGGGCUUCGCGGGCGUGUGGAAGGGGCUGUUCGCUCGGAUCAUCAUGAUUGGCACCCUGACGGCGCUGCAGUGGUUCAUCUACGACUCGGUCAAGGUCUAUCUCAAGCUGCCUCGGCCCCCGCCGCUCCAAGCGCCCGAGUCCCUAAAGCGGCAGAAGAACUAGACCUGGGGGGUUGCAGUGGAGACUGCGUUCUGGUCCUGGCACAGUGCAAAACGUUGACUUUUUACCUUUAACUGUUUGUUUGGGAAGUGACUUGAUAGGCAGUCUGAGUUCUCUUUCAGGGGUUGGUUCCUCUUUUUUUUUUUUGGGCCAUUCUAGAGGAUUGCCACCAUUUCAUUUGGGGGUGAGGGGG